AUGAGACAAGGCCUUUGUAAUAAAGAAGAUGAAUGUGAGUUCCUUAAACUGCACCAAGCUGGACUUGCCUUAGAAAAUUUGGAAGAAAGAUUCUUUUGUUUAAGAAAUGGAAAUGGCAACCUAAAGAUUGUUCGUGUUGCAAAGUACAAGCCAAGGGCAUUGCUAAAAAGGCUAAGGAAUAAAAGGCUUAUGUUUGUUGGAGACUCAUUAAACCGAAAUCAAUGGGAAUCAAUGAUUUGUUUGGUUCAAUCUGUGAUUCCUCCUGGUAGGAAGACAUGGAGGAAGGAAGGUUCUCUUGCUAUUUUCACUAUGGAGGAUUACAACUCGACAAUAGAGUUCUAUUGGGCCCCAUUUCUUGUGGAGUCAAAUUCGGAUGAUCCGAAAAUGCACAGUAUUUUGAACCGUAUAAUCAAUCCAGAAUCAAUCAAUAAACAUGGUGUUAAUUGGAAAAAUGUGGAUUACUUGAUUUUUAACACAUACAUUUGGUGGAUGAACACUGCAAAUAUGAAAGUUCUACGUGGGUCGUUCGAUGAAGGAGCCACUGAGUAUGAUGAGAUCCAACGGCCGGUAGCUUAUCAGAGAGUUUUGAAUACAUGGUCUAAAUGGGUAGAUGAAAAUAUAGAUGCUAAUCGAACCACUGUCUUCUUUAGUAGCAUGUCUCCUCUACAUAUCAAGAGCUUGGAUUGGGAUAAUCCAGAUGGGAUAAAAUGUGCAAAGGAGACAACUCCAGUUCUCAAUACGACAAGCCGUUUGAAUGUGGGCACAGACCGGAGGUUACUUGUUAUAGCAGCAAAUGUGACAAAAUCAAUGAAAGUGCCUGUUCAUUUUAUCAAUAUCACUACUCUUUCAGAGUUUAGAAAAGAUGCACAUACCUCAGUCUACACUAUCCGCCAAGGCAAGAUGCUAACACCGGAGCAGCAAGCUGAUCCGGCGACCUAUGCGGACUGUAUUCAUUGGUGUUUACCUGGAUUACCUGACACGUGGAAUGAAUUUCUUUACACGCGUAUCAUUUCUCGCUCAUGACCUUUGAAGAACCGCACCCCUCUUUUUUUUUUUUUUUUUU